CCCUCCAUCCCACGGGCCACCGGGACUGGCUCAAAUCUCUCCUCUGCCGCAGCUCGAUAACCUGCACCCAAACCCGCCUCGUCCGAGAGAACGGCAAUGGCAGCCUCGCACCUGAGUGAACAUCGACAUAUGCGCAGCGGCAGCCUCAACAUCCCACCACAUGGCGGCCGCUCCGGCGGCGGCAUGAUGGGCCCGCCGCACGGCGCCCGCUUCGAUGGGCCGCGGAGCCCUCCGAACACGUCGCACGUGCCCUGCAAAUUCUUCCGUCAGGGCGCUUGCCAGGCCGGCAAUGCCUGCCCCUUCAGCCACGACAUCAGCGCCGCCUCCGAGACGAUAUGCAAGUAUUUCGCAAAGGGGAACUGCAAGUUCGGUCCGAAAUGCGCCAACAUCCACGUCCUCCCCGACGGCCGCCGCAUCAACUACGGCAAGAACGGUGUGACGAUCGGUGCUCCCCCGGGAGUGACCCUGGGCGUCCGCGUGAACCCUACGACCUAUCACCCGCCGUCCAACAGCGCGCUGACCAACUCGUUCCUGCGCGCCGGUUCCGCCGUGCCCCCAUACGCCGCGCCAACCUCCGCUUACGCUCCGCAGGACGAUCCCUACGGCCACCAGCUGGGCCGGCAGCCGAGCAUGGAGAACGGGCUGCCCGUAAUCGACACGACCUACAGCUCCAACCCCGCUUCCGCCUACGGCUCCCCGCGCGACGAGGACACGAACCGGCUUGGCCUCGGCCUCUCGCCCGUGAACACGGCGGGUCUCUCGGUUCUAGACGCGCCGCUCCCGGCGUCCUUCGACAGCAACGGCAUAUCGCUUGCGGCGCGCUAUGGGCCGUUCCCGGCGUCGGUACCGGCCAAGUUCGGUCUCGAAUCGCCCUCGCCAUCUCUCCACGCGGCUAGAGACGGCCGAACGUCCGAGACGCUCAAGAUGCUGCACAACUCGGCUUUCGGCAGCAGCGAGCACCUCUCGCCCUCCGCCCUCGGCGCCGCCGACGCAAAUGGUUUCGGGAGCAGCCCGUCCGUCGGUUCGGCCGCCCCGGGGUCCGCGUACGGAAGUGACGAGUACUUUGGGAAACGGACGAUGCACAGCACCUCGCUGCGAUAUGCCAAGCCGCGGCUGGUGAGCAGCAGCGUCCCCAAAAUCGACCGCGAUUGGGAGGCCGAGUUCAUGUUCGAGGAGGACUACGUCCCGGGCUCGCUCGCGAACGAGGUCCUGACCCCGGCCGAGAAGGCAAGGAGGGGCUCCAACACCGCGAAUACCAUGCGCAUGACGGACACUCUCGAGCCGGCUGUGGAAUCCCUGCCCGCCGGGGCUACGAAGUUUGGCAGUCCUGGCAUGGCCGCAAGCCCCAGCCGCUGGGGGCCUCUUUUCCAACGGCACAAGGACGAUGAUCUCGACGUUGGAAGCCCCGCCAGGUCCAUGAAGCACGUUUCGGCGUUUGGCCACGUGGGAAGCCCGCUGAGGAACUCGAGCCUGGCCUCGGCGAUCACAGCCGAAUCCCGCGCGGACACGGCCGCCGGUAGCGACACACACGGGGAAAAAGAGAACGGGAUGGAGUCAAUCUCCGCCCUGACCCGGCAGCUCCGAGAGACGAGGUUAGCCGAGGGCGGAUCCGGAAGUGCCGGCCCCGGCCCCCAGACGCAUCCGACCGUGCCGCGGAGCAGCAGUAAGACGGGCGGGACGGGCGGCUCGGGAGGAGCGGGCAUCAUCGGGCGGGAGCGCGAGAAGGACCGGGCGCUGGAGCGGCACGUCAGCAGCGGCUCCACCAGCUCGGGCCCGACGGGCCGCUUCGCCACGCCGAUCGACGAGGAGGACUCGUCCUUCGUCUUCCGGAUGGAGGAGGAGGACGACGCGCAGCAGGCGCGGACGACGCAGUCGCGGGCGGCCCGUAAGCGCGCGUCCGGAGGGAACCCCGGCGUUGCCAGCCCGCUCAGCGGCGUGUGGAGCUAUGCCAAUGUGGUCGCCAGCAACAGGGGAAGUACCGGCGCCGGCACCAGCGCGAACGGCGGCGGGAAGCCCGCGGCGGGGAGCGGUGCCGUUGAGGCCGCCGGAGCGCGGUGAGCCACGCCGCAUCCCAAGCGGGCGAGCGAGCGGG